UUAAUUUUCGCCGACACUUAUUAUUUGAGUUUGUUAAUGAAACAUGAACCGUUAGAUAUAAAAAAUCCAUUUAACAGAAUCUCACAUUACUCGUCUUCUUCAUCGUAAUAAUCAUCAUGACAGAAAAUUGUUUGCAAACUUCUUAGAUCUGCAUUAACACACACUCUCUCUCUCCAUAACUUAAUCACUCUCGCCAUAUGGUCCUGGCAUUCUUUUCAACAGGAUAUACUUCUUUAGUUAAUCUAAGGUUUUUUUUUGAUAAGAAUUGCAUUGAAGAGUGAAUCAAGUUGAGAUCUGAAUUCCAAUAUCUCUUUCUACCAAUUGCGACUGUAACGUGUUAUGAGGAAAGGGCAUAUAUGUUAGACGGACCUUGCUUGCCUAUGCAAAUCUGACAAUAGGAGUGCUCUCCAUUCCUGAUGCUUAUUUGAAGCAAUUCUUUUAAGUAGUUUGUGAUUCGUUUUACAUAAACCGGGAGAAGUACAUGGUAUUCACUUUGUGAUAUUCUUAUUUCUAUAGAAAGUAGAAAAAUAAAUAAAAAGAGCUUGGCACUGGAAAGAUGAGAGGAAGAACAGAUGAAGUUCAAAAGAGGAGGUUGAUCACAUCCUUGUGCCUUGUGGGAAUUGUGAUCUGUUUUGUAUUUGUAUACUAUGGAUCCUUUUUUGGCUCUCGAGUUCAACGUGGCACGUCAACUUUAAGACGUCUUGGAUCACCCUACUUGGGUGGCAAUGAAGAUGCUGACAGUAAGCAAAAUGAAUCUUCCACUGCAUUGGUCCAAGAAGAUGGAGAUAUUGAUAUCGCACUGAAGAGCUUUCCUGUAUGCGAUGACCGACAUUCGGAGUUGAUUCCAUGCUUAGACAGGCAUCUUAUAUACCAGUUGAGGUUAAAGUUGGAUUUGUCUUUGAUGGAACAUUAUGAGAGACAUUGUCCCCCGGCAGAGAGGCGCUACAACUGCUUGAUUCCUCCACCACCUGGCUACAAGGUCCCAAUAAAGUGGCCAAGAAGCAGAGAUGAGGUAUGGAAAGCAAAUAUACCACAUACUCACCUUGCCUCGGAGAAAUCUGACCAGAACUGGAUGGUUGUCAGAGGUGAAAAAAUUGUAUUUCCUGGAGGAGGCACUCAUUUCCAUUAUGGAGCAGAUAAAUAUAUUGCCUCAUUAGCGAAUAUGCUCAACUUUUCAAACAAUAAUAUAAACAAUGAGGGAAGGGUUCGAACAGUCCUUGAUGUGGGCUGUGGAGUUGCAAGUUUUGGAGCAUAUCUUCUUUCAUCUGACGUCAUUGCAAUGUCUUUGGCGCCCAAUGACGUGCACCAAAACCAAAUUCAAUUUGCCCUUGAGAGAGGGAUCCCAGCAUAUCUUGGUGUUUUGGGAACAAAGAGGCUCCCGUACCCAAGCAGGUCGUUUGAACUAGCCCACUGUUCACGUUGUAGAAUUGAUUGGCUUCAAAGAGAUGGACUACUUCUUCUUGAGUUGGAUAGGCUUCUUAGACCAGGAGGUUAUUUUGCCUAUUCAUCUCCCGAAGCAUAUGCACAGGAUGAAGAAGAUCUAAGAAUUUGGAAAGAAAUGAGUGCCCUUGUAGACCGUAUGUGUUGGAAAAUUACUGCCAAACAAAAUCAAACUGUUAUUUGGGUCAAACCUCUAACAAAUGACUGUUACAUGGAAAGAGAGCCUGGCACUCAACCUCCUCUCUGCAGAUCUGAUGAUGAUCCAGAUGCAGUUUGGGGUGUUCCGAUGGAAGCUUGCAUCACACCUUAUUCUGAACAGAGCCACAUAUCCAGAGGGAGCGGGUUAGCUCCUUGGCCAGCUAGAUUAACAGCUCCUCCUCCACGUCUUGCUGAUUUUGGUUAUUCUAGUGAGGCUUUUGAAAAAGACACGGACGUUUGGAGCCGAAGGGUAGAAACUUAUUGGAAUCUCUUGAGUCAAAAAAUGAAGCCAGAUUCUUUGAGAAACUUGAUGGAUAUGAAAACAAACAUGGGUUCAUUUGCAGCUGCUCUGAAGGAGAAGGAUGUCUGGGUUAUGAAUGUUGUGCCAGAGGAUGGUGCAAACACACUAAAAUUAAUAUAUGACAGAGGCCUGAUUGGAACUGUACAUAGCUGGUGUGAAGCCUUCUCAACCUACCCUAGAACCUAUGAUCUCCUUCAUGCUUGGACUGUACUAUCUGACAUUGAUACGAAGGGAUGCAGUGUCGAAGAUCUACUGCUGGAGAUGGAUAGACUGCUCAGGCCCACUGGUUUCAUUAUAAUCAGGGACAAGCGACCACUGGUGGAGUCAAUUAAGAAGUAUUUACCGGCAUUGCGUUGGGAAGCUGUUGCAACAGCUGAAGGUGAGUCAGAUUCAGACCAAGAUGAAGACGAGGUCGUGUUUGUGAUUCAAAAGGCAUUGUGGUUAACAAACGAUAACCUCAGGGAUUCAGAAUAGGAGGACAUUGUUUCCACAAUUUUCAGUAGUCUCCAUAUGUAUUCCUCCCUUUAUUAUUUUAUAAUAACCUUCCCUAUGCAGGCCUCCUAUGGCCGAGUAGUUAUAGGUUAUUAUCAAUUCUUUUGCGCUUUUAUUGUCCCGUUGUAAUCUCUAAUUUUUGCAUAAUCCCAAUAUAUCAGUUGUAAGUAGUGUCAA